AUGCAGGUAAUUGUUGUGCCUGAACACUGACUGAGUGAACUGUAAGCUUCACAGAUGAUGCUAUGGUGCUUUACCUGAGAUAUAUUUGCAUGAGCAGUGAACAUGGGCUUUAUGUACCUUUCUUGUUAUCUAGGUGGAUCCAACUCCAAUGAAUGUAGGGGAUGGAGGCACGGUGACCCGAGAGAUCGGUGCUCCGAUUAAAGCGUCUGCGAGCAUGGUAGGGAAUCCCCCUCAGACGCUGCCCCAGGAGCUCAGAGGAGAUGUGCCCCUCAGUCAGCCAAACAAGACCACCACAGCAACAGACUGUAAAACGCCGGUCAACGUCUGUUCAGACCCUAGCAACUUCAACCAUUGCCCAGUGGUCCAUCCUCCGCAAGAACACAACAAUGCUCCAACAUCAGGCCCUCCCCUCAUUAGCUCUGACAAGAGAGCAGACAAGAGGUCAGAGGUCCCUAAACCCAAGGCUGAUGGUGCUGGGGUCGUUCCCACACAUCAGUGGCCGUGUGGUACAAAGAACAGCCCUGGUGACCCAGUUAACCCAAGUCACAGCAUUGUGACGUCCAAUAAAAAACCACAUACUCAGACCCAGCCAGUGAUUGGUCUUCCAGCUGGGUUUCAGUGCUCAACACUAUUUAAACCAGGCCAGCCUGUUGCUUUUCUUCCCUCCACUAACUUUUCAUCUCCACUCUGCAAAAUCACUCUUCCACCCGCAUUGGGUCAGAUCGCAGCAUUGCGAGAAGCCACAGCCAGCCAGUUUCAGAAGGGGAGUCAACCACAAAGCGCAGCUGCUGGCAUGGCACCACUGCUGCGGACCUAUCCAUAUCACUUCUCAGUGGGUCGAAGUCCAGCACCUGAAAAGAAAACACCCACUGCAACACCCAAACUCAAAUGUAACUCGACGUCCAGUAGCAAGAGCUCCAAAGCUGGAGGAGAGCAUAAAUCCUCCAUCGCCUCAGUGGUGGCCUCUCCCACUAUCACUCUCCCAAUACAGCACCCAGCAUUAGCCUCUGCCCCACCAACCCGCUUCACGUUGUCUCCCACCGCUGCCAUCUGCUGUGGCCCUUCACUGGCCAGCAUCACCACUCAGGGCAGGCUGCUGAACCAUGUGGAGAAAGGCCCUCCGCACCGCAGUGCAGACAAGACAUCCGUAGGCUUUCCAAAACUGAAGGCUCCAUCUGCUGCUGAGGACCGUGCGGUUGCUUGCCCGACUGAAGCAAGGGAUGUGCCCCUUGACCUGUCCGCCAAGUCGAAGCGACCAAAAGCAGUCAAAGACCCUCCAAACAUGGUUGCCACCACAGAGCAUCUCCAUAACGAGGCAUGUCAGAAAGUUGCCCUCCAUCCAAAGAGGCCCCAUACUACAACGUAUGGCUCUGCCGUGCCAUACCCGAUCCUACCCGACACUCACAGAAAUGGGGCUUAUCAAAAGCAGAGCAGCAGGCCCCUAAAUCACCAGGGUUUGGAACCCAACUCAUCCUGGGUCAAAGGUUCCUCUCAAGGCCCCAUUAAUAACCUCCCAGGAACCUAUGUAGGUGUGGCCAGCCCCAUACUUGCUUCCACCCUACGUAGCAAAGAUGGGAAGGGGUCCUUUGAGGACGAGUUCCAGACUUUUGCUAGACAGGAGACUAUCUCUAUCAUUGACCAAGGGGAACACCUGGCCUCAAGGGGAAAGAAGGCAUUGUUCAUGACGAAGGGGAACCAGCACGUUCAUGGUAUCAAGCACCCUAACAGUACCAGCCCAGCUGUAACACAAAGCUGUCCCUUUAAGGGGGCUUUCUCCACAGCUCUGCCCGGCUCUACCAACUCACACUCUCAUCAGAAAUCUGCAAGUGUCAAAGCAGCAAUCCCAUACUCCCUCACUGUCGUCAAGCCAUUAUGGCAGCAACCACCACUUCUUCCUUACCAAGGUGCUUCUGUUCAAAGAAAGGUAAGUCAAGGGACUCACAAGGUCAAGGGGGCCACAAGUUCAGAAGGUUCCAAAUGUCAAAGCCCUUCCAGAAUGUCCCCCCUGUCCAACCUUGAGUCCAUAGUGAAGCAGAAAGCUCUAGAGACCACUGCAUUGACUGGUGAGGGAUACUGCCAUCUAUCGCCUGUGGCAUCCAGAAAGCCUGUGGUGAGCACCCACACAGUGGGCCAGGACACAUUGUUCCGUCAGACUGCUUCCUUUGGAUGUCCACCUAUCAGAUCUGUGGAGAACAAAGAGACACUUUCCUCUCAAGGGGAUUCCACACAAGUUAUGAACAAACUUGAGAAAACAGGUGUCUCUGAGUCCAGAGAAAAGAGCUCUGAGAAACAUGUUAAACUGGGGGAGCAUGCAGGUGGCAAAGAGAUACAGGUCUUUGGAAGUAGUGGUUCAGCUAACAGAAACAGGAUGGACAGCAAAUUAGCCCAGGAGUUGGAGGGAGGAAUGGUGAAGGAGGAGAGUAAGGCUCCUGCUGGUCCUGCUCCCCGUGCUAAAUUGGAGGGGAUUGCCCUAUCCAUCCUCACUGGCCAGUGUGCAGGGGUAGUCGAGGUGGAGAAGAAGACGAAUGGAACUAAAGAGGAGUCCCCCACCAAAGCUAAAGCUGCCUUCACCAAACAGAAGAAGCCCCCUAGUCCAAGGAAGCCAACAAAGGAGAAGGCAUCACCGGACCAUUCAAAGAAGGCUGUGGUGCCAGUGAAGAAAAAGCCAGGCCAGGAGACCACUCCAGUUAAGAAAGAACCACGUCCCAAAAAGGUACGUUGUUAUUCUGCUUUUGUAAUAUUUACAAUUCCAUUUAGAUGAGUUGUUUUGAUUAUGUGUUGUACAAUGACAUUAUUCUCUUUUGUUGGUUGAACAAAGGAAGAAACAUAUUACAUUCACACACUUGACUCUCUUGUCCACAUUUAUUAUGAAGCAGAAUUGAAAAAAUAUGUGAAAUAUCAACCACCCAUCAACUUACAGUGGCUUGCGAAAGUAUUCACCCCCCUUGGAAUUUUUCCUAUUUUGUUUCCUUACAACCUAGAAUUAAAAUGGAUUUUUGGGGGGGUUUGUAUCAUUUGAUUUACACAAUAUGCCUACCACUUUGAAGAUGCAAAAUAUUUUUUUGUGUGAAACAAACAAGAAAUAAGACAAAAAAACAGAAAACUUGAGCGUGCAUAACUAUUCACCCCCCCCACCUUUUGCAGCAAUUACAGCUGCAAGUCUCUUGGGGUAUGUCUCUAUAAGCUUGGUACAUCUAGCCCCUGUAACUCAGUUGGUAGAGCAUGGCGCUUGCAACGCCAGGGUUGUGGGUUCGUUUCCCACGGGGGGCCAGUAUGAAAAUGUAUGCACUCACUAACUGUAAGUCGCUCUGGAUGAGAGCGUCUGCAAAUGACUAAAAUGUAAAAUGUAGCCACUGUGAUUUUGGGUUCCGCUGGUGUACAGCAUGUCCAAGACAUUUAAAUGUUUCCCCUUAAACCACUCGAGUGUUGCUUUAGCAGUAUGCUAAGGGUCAUUGUCCUGCUGGAAGGUGAACCUCUCAAAUCUCUGGAAGACUGAAGCAGGUUUCCCUCAAGAAUUUCCCUGUAUUUAGCGCCAUCCAUCAUUCCUUCAAUUCUGACCAGUUUCCCAGUCCCUGCCGAUGAAAAAUAUCCCCACUGCAUGAUGCUGCCAUCACCAUGCUUCACUGUGGGGAAGGUGUUCUCGGGGUGAUGAGAGGUGUUGGGUUUGCGCCAGAUAUAGUGUUUCCUUGAUGGCCAAAAGGCUCAAUUUUAGUCUCAUCUGAACGGAGUACCUUCUUCCAUAGGUUUGGGUAGUCUCCCACAUGCCUUUUGGCGAACACCUAACGUGUUUGCUUAUUUUUUCUUAAAGCAAUGGCUUUUUCUGGCCACUCUUCCGUAAAGCCCAGCUCUGUGGAGCGUACGGCUUAAAGUGGUCCUAUGGACAGAUACUCCAAUCUCCGCUGUGGAGCUUUGCAGCUCCUUCAGGGUUAUCUUUGGUCUCUUUGUUGCCUCUGAUUAAUGCCCUCCUUGCCUGGUCCAGGUUUGUUGUGGUGCCAUAUUCUUUCAAUUUUUUAAUAAUGGAUUUAAUGGUGCUCCGUGGGAUGUUCAAAGUUUCUGAUAUUUUUUUAUAACCCAACCCUGAUCUGUACUUCUCCACAACUUUGUCCCGACCUGUUUGGAGAGCUCCUUGGUCUUCAUGGUGCAGCUUGCUUGGUGGUACCCCUUGCUUAGUGGUGUUGCAGACUCUGGGGCCUUUCAGAACAGGUGUAUAUAUACUGAGAUCAUGUGACACUUAGAUUGCACACAGGUGGACUUUAUUUAACUAAUUAUGUGACUUCUGGAGGUAAUCUGGUUGCACCAGAUCUUAUUUAUGGCCUUCAUAGCAAAGGGGGUGAAUACAUAUGCACACACCACUUUUCCAUUAUUUAUUUUUUGAAUUUUUUGAAACAAGUUAUUUUUUUCAUUUCACUUCACCAAUUUGGACUAUUUUGUGCAUGUCCAUUACAUGAAAUCCAAAUAAAAAUCCAUUUAAAUUACAGGUUGUAAUGCAACAAAAUAGGAAAAACGCCAAGGGGGAUGAAUACUUUUGCAAGGCACUGUACCUGUCUGUAUUAUGAUUCAAGUAUACUGAUUGAAAUAAAAAGGCAAUUCAGUGCUUAUACAGUCCGGUUGUUUCUCCGUAUGCUCUCCAUCACCAUCAAAGCUUUACGAUCAAUUGCCUGAAUGGCCUAUUUAGUGCUCUCACUCUGUCCCUUGUGUGUUGCAACAGAAGAAACCAGGUGCACCUGUACUGGAGCACAGUCUGUCGCUGGCUGAACCAUCCCCACACAGGGAGGAGGGGGAGAACACUCGCAGGGAGAAGAGCAGCCCCACUGAUAACAAGCAGACUGCUCACAACAAACCAGGUAGGCUGUCUCUUCUGAUAGUCUAGAAUAGAACUUCACAUAUUACGUCAGCCAAAGAUCUAAUCAGAAAUCCUUUAUUAUGAUUCCUCUGUCUACGUUGUUUUGACGUAGGUUUCACAGGUAGCGGGAGCAGUCCUCUCCCCAGUCCCCAGUGCUCUGAGACCCCAAUCUCCUUCAGCAGCCCUGGAAGACCCAAUAAGGAGCCCUCAUCCUCAGAGAGCUCUACCCCCAGGCUGAGGAGGGGCCGACGGAGGGGUGAUGAGGCUUGGCUGGACGACUGGGGCUUCGCUACUCCCUCUCCUCCACCUCCCCCAACUCUCCCUCCCCCCCGUACAUACCCUCCUCUCCAGCCUGCCCGCCGGCCCAGGGGCAGACCGCGCACCAACCCCCUGCCUGAGAAGGCUGCCCAGGGCAAGGCCAGAUCCGCCCCCAACACUGAUGGAGACUCCCCCAAACACAAGAAACGGUCCCGUUGCCGGAACAGGAAAUACCAGAAUGGGGAGUACAUCACGGGGAAGGACAGGGAUGGAGACGGAGAGGGGGAGGAGAGAUCUGUCACCACCAGGCAGGGCACUCAAUCUGGAUCAGGUACUGUUCAGCUGGAAAUUGAACAAAUAGAAGCAGCUGCAGGUUUGUCUGGAUGUGGUUAUUAUCACAGUGGGCCUUACACAAGGCAAAGUUGGUACGAGUUGAAUGACUGAAUAGAACUGUAUACAGUGUAACUGGUUUCGUAUGCAGUAGCUUCCCACUAUUUGCAGCUUAUUAUGUGAAAACAUCCAUAUAUCCUUAAAGUGCUGUUAACCCACUGUUUAUUUUGGAUGGCACACUUUAGGAGAGAUGGAAGGCAUGUUUACUGCGAUGGGGCUUUGGUUCUAGUCUCAUUGUUUUCUUGUCUUGUAGCUUCCUAUGAGCCUGUCAGUACACAACAUGUUUAAAUAACACCCAAUACACUGCUUAGAACCAUUGAGUAAAUAUUUGCUGUGUUUCUGUAGAUUUGACAACUGGCAUGUACCCACGCCUCAGUGCCACUCUGACCUGCCGUGGCGCCAGCCCAGAGCCUGGUCCCAGGAGGCCCUCUUUCACCCGCUCAGGGUCGGUGAGGCGCCCGGAGAGAGAGGCCUCCCCAGAGCCCAGCGACAAACCCUCUGGGAAGAGAAAGUUCAAGAGCAAGCACUUGAGUGACACAGAUGAGCCCAAGAAGGUAGGAAGUUCAGCAGCAUCCAUCGCAGAGGCCAUAGAUCUGGACUUUGUGUUUCCUGUCAAACAGAUCCUUGUUGUGAGAUACAGUGUGCCGUGAUGAGCCUAAAUGCUUGGCUCAUGGUGCCCCCUUGUGGCUUAAAUCACUACUACAACUUAUUUCAUUUUAUUUGUGCUCUGGCAGCUGAUUUCCUCCAUCACAGAGUGUGAGGCCGUUCGUCCAUGCUGUGACUCUCCGUCACACAUGACUUUCUCAUUACCCUGCAAAAUGUGUAUUCUUUAAGCAGCUCAAGACCAAACGUUGCAGCUUGGGCAAGCGCCCUGCCUCUGUGGCAACGGAUGACGACAGCCCCAACGCUAAGAAACCAGCAGGCCUCCAGGCCACCCCUAAGUGCUCGUCCUCCCCUCCUGCCAGUAAGAAGGGGACCUCAGGGAGGGGAGGGGCACCAGAGUCUCCCCCUAGCAGACCUGUUCCUCCAGAGGUUCGCCGGCUCAUUGUCAACAAGAACGCCGGGGAGACUCUGCUACAAAGAGCCGCCCGAUUGGGCUACCAGGUACUGCUCUACUGCUCCACCCAAUCACCUGCCUGCAUUCAUGCUCAGCGCUUUUCCCCCUAUCAUUACUCCUGUGUGGUGGGCCCCAUACCCCAUACCAGACCCUAACCCAACGAUGUUUCAGUUUAUCAGACAUGAAUUGACAUUACAUUUACAUUUUAAUCAUUUAGCAGACGCUCUUAUCUAGAGCGACUUACAGUUAGUUAGUGUAUUCAUCUUAAGAUAGCUAGUUUAUCUCUGGCGUGAUAAAUCAUGCUUCACAUUCUGGCAGUCCGACGGACUAAUCUGGGUUUGGCGGAUGCCAGUAGAACGCUACCUGCCCCAAUGCAUAGUGCCAACUGUAAAGUUUGGUGGAGGAGGAACAAUGGUAUGGGGCUGUUUUUCAUGGUUCGGGCUAGGCCCCUUAAUUCCAGUGAAGGGAAAUCUUAACGCUACAGCAUACAAUGACAUUUUAGACGAUUCUGUGCAUCCAACCUUGUGGCAACAGUUUGGGGAAGGCCCUUUCCUGUUUCAGCAUGACAAUGCCCCCGUGCACAAAGCGAGGUCCAUACAGAAAUGGUUUGUCGAGAUCGGUGUGGAAAAACUUGACUGGCCUGCACUGAGACCUGACCUCGACCCCAUCAAACACCUUUGGGAUGAAUUGUAACGCCGACUACGAGCCAGGCCUAAUCGACCAACAUCAGUGCCCGACCUCACUAAUGAUCUUGUGGCUGAAUGGAAGCAAGUCCCCGCAGCAAUGUUCCAACAUCUAGUGGAAAGCCUUCCCAGAAGAGUUGAAGCUGUUCUAGCAGUAAAGGGGGGACCAACUCCAUUUUACUGCCUAUGAUUUUGGAAUGAGAUGUUCGACGAGCAGGUGUCCACAUACUGUUGGCCAUGUAGUGUAUUUGAACAUACAGUUGAAGUUGGAAGUUUACAUACACCUUAGCCAAAUACAUUUAAACUCAGUUUUUCACAAUUGCUGACAUUUAAUCCUAGUAAAAAUACCAUGUAUUAGGUCAGUUUGGAUCACCACUUUAUUUUAAGGAUGUGAAAUGUCAGAAUAAUAGUAGAGAGAAUGAUUUAUUUCAGCUUUUAUUUCUUUCAUCACAUUCCCAGUGGGUCAGAAGUUUACAUACACUCAACUAGUAUUUGGUAGCAUUGCCUUUAAAUUGUUUAACUUGGGUCAAACGUUUCAGGUAGCCUUCCACAAGCUUCCCACAAUAAGUUGGGUGAAUUUUGGCCCAUUCCUCCUGACAGAGCUGGUGUAACUGAGUCAGGUUUGUAGGCCUCCUUGCUCGCACACGCUUUUUCAGUUCUGCCCACACAUUUUGUAUAGGUGUGAGGUCAGGGCUUUGUGAUGGCCACUCCAAUACCUUGACUUUGCUGUCCUUAAGCCAUUUUGCCACAACUUUGGAAGUAUGCUUGGGGUCAUUGUCCAUUUGGAAGACCCAUUUGCGACCAAGCUUUAACUUCCUGACUGAUGUCUUGAGAUGUUGCUUCAACAUAUCCACAUAAUUUUCCUUCCUCAUGAUGCCAUCUAUUUGAGACCACCGAUACACAAAAAUGUAUGCACGCAUGACUGUAAGUCGCUUUGGAUAAAAGCGUCUGCUAAAUGGCAUAUUAUUAUUAUUAUUAUUUUGUGAAGUGCACCAGUCACUCCUGCAGCAAAGCACGCCCACAGCAUGAUGCUGCCACCCCCGUGCUUCACUGAUGGGAUGGUGUUCUUCGACUUGCAAGCCACCACCUUUUUCCUCCAAACAUAACGAUGGUCAUUAUGGCCAAACAGUUCUAUUUUUGUUUAAUCAGACCAGAGGACAUUUCUCCAAAAAGUACAAUAUUUUUCCCCAUGUGCAGUUGCAAACCGUAGUCUGUCUUUUUUAUGGCGGUUUUGGAGCAGUGGCUUCUUCCUUGCUGAGCAGCCUUUCAGGUUAUGUCGAUAUAGGACUCGUUUUACUGUGGAUAUAGAUACUUUUGUAUCUGUUUCCAUCAGCAUCUUCACAAGGUCAUUUGCUGUUGUUCUGGGAUUGAUUUGCACUUUUCGCACCAAAGUACGUUCAUCUCUAGGAGACAGAACGCGUCUCCUUCAUGAGUGGUAUGACGGCUGCGUGGUCCCAUGGUGUUUAUACUUGCGUACUAUUGUUUGUACAGAUGUACGUGGUACCUUCAGGCAUUUGGAAAUUGCUCCCAAGGAUGAACCAGACUUGUGGAGGUCUACAAUUAUUUUUCUGAGGUCUUGGCUGAUUUCUUUUGAUUUUCCCAUGAUGUUAAGCAAAGAGGCACUGAGUUUGAAGGUAGGCCUUGAAAUACAUCCACAGGUACACCUCCAAUUGACUCAAAUGAUGUCAAUUAGCCCAUCAGAAACUUCUAAAGCCAUGACAUCAUUUUCUGGAAUUUUCCAAGCUGUUUAAAGGCACAGUCAACUUAGUGUAUGUAAACUUCUGACCCACUGGAAUUGUGAGUGAAUUAUAAGUGAAAUAAUCUGUCUGUAAACAAUUACUUGUCAUGCACAAAGUAGAUGUCCUAACCGACUUGCCAAAACUAUAGUUUGUUAACAAGAAAUAUGUGGUGUGGUUGAAAAACAAGUUUUAAUGACUCCAACCUAAGUGUAUGUACACUUCCGAUUUGAACUGUAUAUAGACAUCAUUUAUUUAUUUUUGCUACAGCAAAUACAGUGUCUUAUAAGACAAGUGCAAGUGUUAUUCAUAUAUUUCUUGUAUUAUUUCUUGUAUUAUUUCUUGUGGUGUUAAACCCUUGCUGUGUGUCCGUCCCUCCUGCAGGACGUGGUGCUCUACUGUCUGGAAAAAGACGUGCGGGAGGUCAAUCGGCGUGACAACGCAGGUUACACGGCUCUCCACGAGGCGUGCUCUCGAGGCUGGAGCCACAUCGUCCAGGUGCUGCUGAAACAUGGGGCCGACGUCAACUGCAGCGCCCAGGACGGAACACGGUGGGCGUCUAAUGACUUCUGAACACUUAAUGAGGGCUCAGACUUGGAGAGCAUAUUGUUUGCCAUACACUCCUGAGCUGAAGGGUUAUGCCUGCAAUAAAGGACUUUCAUUCUAGACUAUAUCUGUUGCAUAAAAUAGAGCAUUCACGCUUGGCUUAUAUGAGAUCUGUUGUAAUGCAGUUGAAAUGUAUGUUGAUGAAACGAGAAAAGUAACACGUGUUAUUGUAUUUUGUCAGGCCCAUCCACGACGCAGUAGCCAGUGAUAACCUGCCUGAGGUGUGGAUGCUGCUGAACCACGGAGCAGACCCCACCCUGGCUACCUACUCUGGACAGACGGCGGUCAAACUGGCCCAGAGCCCCAGCAUGAAGACCUUCCUCAAAGGUACUCUAACCUGUCAUCUCCUUCACCUUUGACCCCUGUGACACACAUCACAGUCUGUCAUUUUCUGAACAUCACAGAGGAGUGCUUGGUGGAGUUUCAAUCUGACCCUGGAUCUGCUUUGUUUCAGAAUACUUCACAGACCUGGAGGGGAGAAGUGACCAGGACCCCAGUCUGCCAUGGGACUUCUACAGCAGCUCUGUGUUUGGUAAGAAACCUUCGUUUGAUUGGUUUCUUUUCCUAACCAUUGACCUCUGCAUCCACUGCCAUGUAACCACUCUUAUCCGUGUUAUGACUUGUAUAUGCCAUGAUUAGAAUGCGUAGUGUGGGUGUUAUGAACCGGACAGUCCACUAGGGGGAGCCUUAAGCCCAUGGUGAAACGAGGCUUAUAGUCCUUAGAACAAAGGUGAAUCGAGUUUCCCCGGCAGUCCUGAGCUCACAUCACUACAUGUUUUUUCAGAGAAUGGCCAGGAGGCAUGCUGGGACUUCCUGCUCUCUCAGCGGGAGGAGGACGAGGGGAGGAUGGAGGGAGACUCUGAUAGGGACUGUCUCAUGUUUGAAUUCUCCUCAGAGCCCCUCUUACCCUGUUACCAUGUCCAAGUGUCAUUAACCCAGGGGUGAGUCAACACCAGAGCAGAAAAUCACCUGUCAACACAAUCAUUCACACACAUAGUCCCAGCUUUUCCACCCAUAUUCUAGUGCUUUUUGUUCCUUACUAUUUGAAACCCAGAAGCACCUUUUGAAAUCCUUCAAACCGCUCUUCAGCCAUCAGCUUGUUGGAAUCAGCUUGUUGGAUAGGCUCAGCUAGUUCUAAAACCAACCCUGCAUUUGUCCCUGACAGCUUUUGCAAUUGGUUCCUGUUGACGGACGUCCUGAAGCGGCUGAAGAUGUCCUCCCGGAUAUUCCGGGCGCGGUACCCGCACUUGGAGGUGGUGAGCCUGGCGCGGACGGAGCUGUGUAGGCAGGUGUCUGUCAGCCAUGUGAGCACAGCCUCUGCACAGCCUCAGGGAGAGGAAGAGGGAGAGGGGCCAGUGGAGCUGGUCCGCUGUGUCCCGGAGCUCCAGGGACUGCUGGGUUCCUCCAUUCACAUCCUACAGGAGGACGAGGGGGAGGAGGAAGGGGACAGGACGGAUACAGCCACGCCCUGCAGUCGGUAGCCCCCACCCCUCUGCUCUCUCUCAGCCCCUCACACAUCCAAACUGUUCCCCUACACGUCCCCAGAGUCUCACCCUAACCUCCCGCGAGCAGCAGAUUAAAAUAAACAAUGUCGGGAGGCUCCAGCUGUUGUAAUGGUGGUUGUGGUAUGGUGAAAUGAAACAAUGUCUACGCCACAGGAGGCUGGUGGCACCUU